UGCUUAGCUUCAGAAGCAAGCCAGCAGUGGUAUGCAGGGUGGUUUUCUGCUGGCAGUCUAUCAUUCUCUAUGAUUAAAACACACCACCAUAGAAUAAGUGUGAUGUUAUAAAAAUAUGACAACUAUAAAUAUAAACAUAUAAAGCAGUCUAUUAUGGAAAAGCUAAAAUGAGAUGUUCUGGUUCAUAACGUUUCCAUUGAUUCCACUCUAACUGAUGACGCUCUCGUGUCUUGCAGAACCUCAGGGAGACAAAGACACCGCACCCUGCAGCCCGGAAGACUGAGCUAGCAUGUCCAGCCAGACCACCACAACCCCCGGACAGAUGGAUAGAUAGGCCUGGCCCUGCUCGUGGUUCUGCUGUAUGGCUGAUCUGCCCCCCUGCAGUAGCAGCAGUAUGGAGGAAUGGCAGGAGAAACGAGGCCUGCAGACAAUGAACCUGCGGUCUGUGUUCACACUGGAGCAGCAGCGAGUCCUGGAUAGCUACUAUGACAACGGGAUGACCAAUCAGAGCAAGAGCUGCUUCCAGCUGAUCCUUCAGUGUUCUCAGGAGACCAAGCUGGACUUCAGUGUGGUGCGGACCUGGGUAGGCAACAAGAGGCGGAAGCUGGCCUCCAGGGCGGACCAGAACACAGGCAUGUCCCACUCCAAUCACAGCCUGGCUACGGGAGCUCUGUCCAACCACAUGUUAACGGGCGGGGCUCUAGUGGCGGGCGCAAUGCUGACAGGGGAGAUGGCGGCAGCUCAGAAUAUCCAGAGAGGAUCCUCCCACCUCCCUCCCUCCUCUUCCUCCUCCUCUCGUCUCAGCUCUGUCAACAACAACAACGAUGUCAUCCUGACAGGGAUUUACUCUCUAGGCUCCACUUCUCGUUCCCAGCCCACUGUUAAGCCCCUCUCCUGUCACUCUGACCUUGAGCUCCCUGUAGAUGUCCAACAAACUCUGCUCAACCAAUCACAGCACAGGAGGAAUAGUUCUGUCUCCUCCCCCCUCCAGCUCCACUCUAGAUCGGGUACCAUGUCACUUCCUCGCUGUAAACCCCUCUCCCUCUCCUCUUCCCCCUCCUUCUCCUCAUCCCCCUCCUUCUCCUCAUCCCCCAGCCGCCCCAUCCACUAUCUGUCCAAGAGGUGUGGUUUCACAACUGGUGGGGCAGGGUGGGCAGUAGGAAGGGCUGGGUCAGGGAGGGGGGUACCUCAGAGCUGGGCUAGACAGUAUGGUUCUCUCCAGUCCGGCCCCUGUCCCUCCCAGCUCCAGCCCACGCCUCACUCCAACCCCCAGACUCCCCAACCUCACCCCCCAAGGCCCCAUCCUUCCAACCCUCCCCCUUCAGACCACUCCCCCCGCAUUCAUCAGGUCUUCAGCAUAUUAGAGAGGGGGGAGGGGGAGGGACUAGGACAAGGACAGCCUUCUGAUAACAGCAGGCAAGAGAGACACAGACAGUCUACCCGCCCUUUGGACGCUAUUGGCUGCCUCUCAAUCGCCAUGGAGACGGGUGAUGAAGAGGAUGAGUGGCGGAGGGAGGAAGAGUUAUCCAACAUGGCUGCUACGACACACGGGGACCUCCAGAGAGGCCAGGGGGUGAGGGACAGCCUCAGCCCCAGCAGCGAACAGGGAUCUGGGGGUAGAAACCUCACAUCCCCCUCCCUGGUCCUCAGCAGCUCCAGGCCUGGUCCAUAUCCUCGGGACAGCUACCCAGUUACUACAAAACUACAGACCUCCCCUAGUAUACAGAAGAUAGAGGUGAUUGAUGAUGAUGAUGAUGAUGAUGGUGUUGAGAUGGUCGGAUCUGAUAUGGAAAACAUGCAGAACCUCCUGGAGUUUAAGCUUGAGGAGGUGCAGUAUCUGGAGAGCCAACUAGAGAAUCAGAAUCAGCGAUAUUAUGAGUUGGAGACCUUUACCAACAGUCUUCUGACCGCUGUAAGGACCAACAACCUGGACAGACAACAGGAGCUCCUAGCCAGUCUACCUCAGCCUGCAGAUCAGGACUGGGACAUGAGUCCAGAGGGAGGAGCCAACUCCAUCUCCAGAACAACACACUCUGCAGACAAUCACGAUUCCCCAUUGGCCGCCAGGAGCAACGACGAAACACCAUUGGUCAACCCCAACAAGGACCUCCCAUUGGUCACUCUAAACGAAGACGGUUCAUUGAUUGCUGAGCUCAACGAGUCGUCUGUAUCAGAGGAAGUAGAAACUGAGACCGGACCAGAGUGACUGUACUGACACACACAAACACUCCACACCCUGUGCCUGUGGAAGGAUGCUAAACUAACUGUGCUGGGCUCACAAUGCCUUUUCUAUUACUUAUCACUACGCCUUGUCUGGUCUAGUAUCAGACACAACAAUAAACAGACUCCAUAAU